UUUAAAAAAGAAAAGAAGAAGAAACUAACAGCUGUUGUUGAAGUUGAAGCUCUCUGAACAAACAUACAGGAACCUCAAGCAGUUAAAAUAAAGUUAAAGUGUUGUUUUAAACACUUUUUCCGCGUUUCUCUGUCAUCCGAAAAAAUGUAAAUAAAUACAUACUGUUGCGCCAUUUCUAGCGGCCAUCUAUAGCAAAGAAAACUACAUUUAUUUGUCAAAUAUUAUCUCUGCUAAUAGCGAAAGUGUCUAAAAACAUCAAUCAAUGAACAGAAAACGAGCUCUGAUCGCAGACACAUUCUGUUUAAAGAAGAAACGUAGAUGUGGAUCAGAUGAAGUUAAUGGAGAGACUCGCGAUGUAACGCCUGAUAUCAGAUCAAGUCUGCAGUAUCUCGUGACUCUGUUUUCACGUAAACUCUUCAAUGACAGUCUUCCUCCGGUGGUCUUAAAACAUCAACUCUACAGUUUACACAAUGACAAAACCUUAGUGGACAAGCUGGUGAAUGAAUUGAGAGAAAAUGGUGAGCUGUUGAUGUUUCAGCUGGGAUUUGACUCUGAAGCCUUUGGUUUGGUGUUUUCGGAAGACUACAGAGCCAAAGUCCUGCAAGGGGAGGAAGGCAGAGAUACACUUACAACUGUGGAGAAAUUUCUGAAUAAACUCAUUCCCGCAUGUUCCGAUCUGAGCUUCAGUAAAGACAAAAUGCUCAAGGAGUUUCUUUUCACCGAUUCUGAGAUAACGCAGCUGGUAAAAUCAGGUGUACUGACUGUAAGAGAUGCAGGCAGCUGGUGGCUUUCAAUCCCAAACUCUGGAAAAUUCAUAAAAUAUUUCAUCAAGGGACGCAAAACUGUACUUGGCAUGGUAAAGAAAUCCAAAUACGGUGAAAUCCUAAAGGAUGAAUUAGAGGGACGUCGCACAACUUCCCAGGUUAAAUUCCAGAUGAAGUAUCACGUUCAUGAUAUAGUUGGGGCAGAGUUAGUAGAAUGCAUACAGACAACUUCAGGGACGUUAUUACGAUAUGUGGAUGGAAACAUCAACCAAUCGAACUCUUACUUGUCCUAAACUCUACAGAACUAAAUUAUCUUUAUAGUUUCAUCUAUUACCUUUUUCUUUUGGUUAAAAAAAGCUUCAUUGUUUACAGGAUAUGCAAUAUAUUUUUUUCUCAAAUCUCACAGUUUCUUCAUGGCAAAUUAAUUGUUAACUAUAAUGUAAAAUAAAAACAAAAUAAAACUGCACCAACAGUCAUUAUUCAUUCAUUAGUCAAAAAGUGUUGUACCAUCACAGUCAACACUGUAUGAAAUAUUGACCCAGUUCACUUGAUGUAAUUCUUGCACACUUGGUCUAUACGCCUGAUUUUAAACAGACACACUGCACCUUUAAAGCUUCCAAUAAUAUCUAACAUAGGUCUUCACCAGGGCAUCCGGGACCCCUUGGGUGGAUCCCUGGUGGUAUAACCGAUGGUUUGGGGUCAUUUUAUUUUUGCAUUGCAAAACCAAUAAUAAAGAGAAUAAAGUUCCCACAUUAAAAUAAAUUCAGUAAAAAUAAAUUAAGAGGUAGGAUGUUAGCAGUAUGUGACUGUACAGUAUUCAAAAAUAAUGAUUUAAAUAUCUUUGUAACUAUCAUAAUAAAGUAUGUAAAUCCUUAA